AUGGAACCUCAAGGAAUCAGAGAAGAGGCCUUCCCCGCACGGAGCAGGCAGGAAACGGGAACAGUGAACGGCGUCCAAACAGAAGUCACUUCAGUCUCCUUUUCCGACAAGUUUGUAUUGACAAUUUCACAAGACGGCAAGCUCUCACAAUGGAUCCAAGUACCUCUGCAAGCUUCUACAGGCGGUAUGGUUGACCUGAGCCUGCCUUCAACCAGCCGGGGCCUUCUCCCAUCGGUCCACCUGACGCCCAAGACUCUUCUCGGCGGCGGAGGUGAUGAGAGAGAAACUUUGGGGCAGCUCUACGCAGCACAGAUUGCUAGUCUCAUGUCCACGAGAGACCCCGAGGAUCGCCGGACGCUCGUGGUGGGACUGGGGCUCACCAAGGUCGACACUGAACGGGAAGCCUUCUUCGAUACAGUCGAGCUAGUCCAGAAGAUUCUGUGA